AGGUUCCUAAUAUUCGCAGUGAACUUCGCGAGUGAUCUGACAGCGUUUUCAACUGUCUUUUUCUUAGACUUGAGACCACGGGUUGUUGAUAUUGUAAAUAUCGAAAUGAGCAUGCUGAUGGAACAUGUAAUGCCAUGAUUUAGAUAGAGUUACAAGACCAAUAUAUUGCAAUCGACUACAAGUGUCAAUUUUUUGUAGUUCAGGACGGACCACCAAACCAUAACCAAGUUGUUCAACUAAGUUCUUCAAGUAGUGAUAGAUUUCUUUUUCUAGUUGUCAAUAUACAUAUCACGCUAGACUCAAAGUCCUCAACAAACUAACACGGCAUAUCGUCCUCGUUAAACCCGUACUCUUGGUUGUUGCUAUCUACCGCGUCUCUGCCUCCGGCAAUACGUCGAGGCACAUACAACAUCCGUCCGUACUUACGCAGAGGACCACAGAGACGGACGGUUGGACACCAGUAAACCUAAAAAGCGGACUGGAGCUGGAGAUCAUUACAGCAUUGUAGGAGAACUGAGAAACAAGUGGUCGCUACUGAGGGCGGAGCAAGGCUGAAGACCCGAACCCGUUCUAAUUCUUGCUCAACGACUUGUUUUUUAUGGCUGGAGAAGACUCUCUAGGAUCCCGCGAAAUGUCGAUGUCACCCACCUCAGCGGGUGUGAAUUUCAUAAAGAGCAUCAAUCGCGACAAAAUAUGUUGCGUUGGUGCCGGGUACGUCGGUGGCCCCACGAUGGCUAUGAUCGCAAAAAACUGUCCGCACAUACAGGUAGUUUCGCGCAUUUCUACGUACAAAUCAAUGGUGGAAGAAGUGAAACUGUUCCUCGUCAUGAACGCAAUUGCAGCUGCUGCCAAUCCCUGAACAACUAUCUUUUCAGGAAAAUGAAUUUGAUAAUACGACUCCGACAUUCAUCCCGUAACCGUGUCAUCUGCUUCUGCAUGAGCAUUCCCGUCGUGGAGUAGAACCAUUCAACAAAUCACGACAAUCAGGUCCACGUUGUUGACAUCUCAGAGCCACGAAUUGCGGCAUGGAAUAGCGCGAAACUUCCAAUAUAUGAACCGGGACUGCAGGAGGUUGUGGAAAGCACUAGGGGUGUGAAUCUUUUCUUCAGCACUGACGUCGAAAAGGCAAUAGACAUGUGCGAUAUCAUUUUCGUAUCCGUCAACACGCCGACAAAGAAGACGGUACUUCUUACUUGUGCUCCUUCGUUUUUCUUUUUUUUUCCGACAUUUUCUUGGGACUUUUUAUACGGCUCUCCUGUUUGUUUUUGUUAUGUUGUCGUUGUGUACAGACAACAUCAACACGUUUAUUUAACGAUAAGGUAGUUCUUGGUAAACAAAGAAUAGCAAUGGUGAGCAUUCGCAUCAAAGGGGAAAAGAGAUUCAAGCAGGCGUUUUCUAGGGCAAUUAUACCCGACCCAUUUUUAUUAACACAGGGAUUGGGUAGCGGGCGUGCGGCCGACUUGAAGUACUGGGAGCUCGUCGGACGGACUAUCGCAAGAGUCGCAACGAAGGACAAAAUUGUCGUAGAAAAAUCAACCGUUCCAGUUCGCACGGCCGCCGCAUUAGACAGGGUAAAUAGAAUAUCAAAAAUAUCUACUGGGACAGAGGACUUUGCAGUUUUUCUGACCUCCUAGCUUGUUGCAUUCUUGCAGUAAUGAAACGAGAAUUGCAGACUCCUCCUUAAUAUUGCUAGAACUAGGUCUACUACCGUAAUGUAUCACACCAAGCAUCAUUGCACCAACAAAAUCAAUCUUUAUUUUUCUUGGACAGGUGUUGAAUUCUGGCACAUCCGACAGUAAAUUUGUGAUAUUGUCGAAUCCGGAGUUUUUAGCUGAGGGGACCGCAAUUCAAGAUCUUUCCGCACCAGAUAGGAUCCUCAUCGGCGGUCCGCAAAACAAAAGUGGAUUGGACUCUCUCGACCUUCUCGUUAUGUCUCAACUUAGACUUUUUCUUAAUCAUUCGGUUAAUAAGCGAACAAAACCUGGUCCUCUAUGAUCAUUGGUACUCAUACCUUUGCUCCUCACCCUCAGCAGCUAUUCGGGAUCAUACAGAGUAAUCCAACAGUUCAAACACAUAGAUACCUGUUGUAGAAUUCAAAAGCAAAACAAGGGAGGACCCGAACCUAGGAUUAUGCAAUAGAAAGAAACACCUACUCCAGUCGUUAGUUGGUUUCUUCAUAUGAGCAGACGUGUAUGCGAAUUGGGUGCCUCGCGAGAGAAUUUUGACGACCAAUUUGUGGUCUUCCGAGUUAUCGAAACUAGUAGCGAACGCUUUUCUUGCGCAGCGUGUGUCGUCAAUAAACGCUAUCUCUUAAGGCUUGAUUUGGAGAUGCAUGAUUUCCGCGUCCACUCUUAAUUAGUAAAAAAAGGCGUCUUCUUGAUCUUCAGAGAACCGCCUCAUCAAAGGGAUGGAGGAAAAUGAAUUCCACGAAUAGUAUAGUAAGAGUCGAUUCAGGGAAGUCGUAGGUCCAAUCCGAACCGACUAACAUCAUCAGGAUAGUAAUUGUAAAAGUUAGUUCUAAAUUAGACAGCUAUGCGUGAGGACCGGAGCAGACGUCACCGAAGUUUCCAAAGCGAUUGGGAUGGACUCGCGGAUCGGACCCAAAUUUCUAAAGGCCAGUAUUGGCUUCGGCGGUUCCUGUUUUCAGAAAGACAUUCUGAAUUUAGUCUACCUCUGCCAACAGUUUGGUCUCAAGGAUGUCGCGGAUUACUGGGAACAAGUUGUACUCUACUACUUCACGAUCGUUUUCUAGAAGAUGACCUCCACAAAAUCUUGAUCUUCUUCAUUCAUCUCAAGAAGAAAAAGAAACUGAAAUAGAAAUUGGAACUGCGUAUUUGGAGGAGCCAGGUGGUAGCCAUGUUGCAAUUAUCAUCUAUUCUUCGAUGUACUAAAAGUUCGACGUGGUUCAAACUAUCUGAGGCUCAAUGGACUUUUAUUAUCUUUACCUCCCACCAAGAAAUGGACCCUCUACCGACCUCCCCCGACCAGGUAAUAAUGAACGACAAGCAGAAAGACGCAUUCACACACAAUAUUGUGGCUUCGAUGUUCAACACAGUGAACGGGAAAAACAUCGCGAUAUAUGGAUUCGCUUUUAAGAAGGACACAGGGGACGUGAGGGAAACACCAGCGAUCCGUGUCUGCGAGUUGCUCAUAGAGGACGGCGCAAUUUGCCAAGUAUACGACCCGAAAGUCGAGAAAUCAGGUAACUAACUAAGAGGACUAAGAAAUAUACUCUUCUACGAGGUCCUCUACUAGUACUACGCAAAAAAGAGAGUUGUCUGUAAAUUUUCAGAAUGCAGCCGCUAUUUUUUUGCACCAAGUCCACUUCCACCAAUACAAUAGGCCCCUAUUCCAUUAUACACUGUUUACUAAAUCCAGAUGCGAUGUUGGAAUUUCGAAUGCAGGGAAUCGAUGUGGACGAGAACAAGCUGAACUUCUGCGCAGACCCACUAACUGCUGCCGAUGGAGCGCACGCCAUCGUCGUUCUAACAGAGUGGGAUGAGUUUUGCACCUACGAUUACAAAGAACUCUUCAAAUUAAGGCGACGAGACCUUUUCUGGUGAAUCAAUAUUGAAUGGUUGUCGUCAUACUUUCCUGUGAGUAGAGAAUGUUGGCGUAACUGAAACUCAUUGAUUCUGUCCAAAUUCCCAGCCCUUACAGCAACUAGGCUCGAUUCAUCAUCUAGUUGAUGAAUUUUCACUGAAUCCAUUUGGGAAUAGAAAUAGUUUCAGUUGUUACUGAGCAGUGCUCUAAUGACGCGAAUGAAAAAACCAGCUUUUAUCUUUGAUGGUCGUAACCUCUUGGAUCAUCAGGCCUUGUCUGCGAUCGGCUUCGAGGUCCACGCUAUUGGAAAAGCAUCGAAAUACACGCGGAGUAAGUCCUUGUUGGCGCAGGCGGAAGAAGAAUCGAUGUACGGGGGCGAAAGACGCAUGACAGCAAACGGGCAUUAGUCCCCUUCCUCGAUCGACAAUCUUGUCAUGUGUAAUCAAUGCCCACGAAAACGAUACCGUUCAUGUACCAUCUUGAGGACGUGCAAGGCCGAUGUCGCGGAGCACGUGCAGUGAGGUGACUGUUAUUUCGUUGCGUGCAACAUGUCCGGAGCGUAACAACUUCUUUGUUCUCAUUUCAAAUCCACGGAAGACGGUAGGAUCAAGAGACUACAACGGUUCGUCAACCCUCAUCCACGUAAGAAUUCUGCGUCAUGUAUACUUGUUGCUGGUUCUCCCCUCCCGAGGUAAGCUUAGAAGUGCUUGCUGCUGUUGCCCCCAUUUUUUGUAGCGUCACCUGUGCAGCGGACCAUGAUUUUUCGGAAUAAAAAAGUGUGCAGAUCGAAGGGUCCACCAAGAAGCGCAGUGUGCCAGCUGCACAGAUCAAUGUCCUGCAAAGCUCCCCUUCUCGUGGGUAAACUUCGUCUCAGCUUAGUCGGGUGUGAUAUCUCGCAGAAUCCAGAGAUGAUUCGAAGAAUCGAUCCUUCUCGAUAACGGAGACUUUACGUACACCAUCACGAUUACGAGUAUAAUUUUUAGAUAACAGAGAUAAAUCUUCAGAUGUGCGAAAAGUAGUGAUUUGUGUGGUGCUAGUGCGCACGUCGUUGGGCUGCACAAUGUUUAUAGUGAAAAUAAUGCGGAGCAGGGUGCCCGCCCUCUGCAUAAGUGCACC